AUGCCACCAAUCACUCGACAUCAAUUAAAAAAAACCGGUUUGAAAACUGAACCUUAUUCGAAAGAGAACCGUCCAUUAGAUAAAAGAGCUGCUUUGUUAGAUCUUGUAACAAAUAAUGUAACUGGUGUUAAAACAAGUUCUCAAACGACUAAACCAUUAGAAGUUGUAAAAAAUGAUGAUUCUACUAAGACAGAAAAUACAUGUAAGAUUACCCAACCAAAAAAAGAAAUUUCUCAACCUUUUGUUGCUAAAAAACCAGAGACCAGAUCAAGUGCAAAAGAAGCUGCACGUUUAUCUUUAAAUAGUUCAGAUGAUAGUAAUUUAUACAAAUCAACUCUUGAAGAAACAGCAGUUUCGAGAAAUUCUGCAAAAUCUGAUGAACUGUAUACAACUGCUGUUGAUAGCACACACCGUUCCUCUCUUGAAAACAACCAAUCAGAUUUGUACCACUCUGCUGCACAAGAAUUGAGUGUCAACAGUAAUGCAGAAGAAAUAUUUGAAAUAGAUCAGUCCAGUUGGAAUAAUUUCAUGUAUGUGGGUUGUUAUGCAAGAGAUAUUAUAAAAUACCUUAAACAAAGAGAAGAUAACUUUACUGUUACUGAUUAUAUUAAUAAACAACCUGAAUUAACUGCAAAACAUCGAGCAAUUGUUGUUAACUGGUUAGUGAGCUUACAAGAAAUGUAUGGGUUAAAUCACGAAGUAUUAUAUAUGGCUGUCAAACUAAUUGAUUUGUAUUUAAUGAACAAUGAUACGUUACAAAAUAGAUUUCAACUUUUAGCGUCUGGAGCAUUAUUAUUAGCUACUAAAGUUGAUGAGAGAGGGGAGCCAGGUUUCCCUUACGACCUAGUCAAACAUAGCAAGUAUAUUUAUACAGAAGAUGAAUUGUUUGUUACCGAAAGAGAAUUAUUCAGAGCUUUAAAGUAUGAAAUCAAUGUUCCUCUGUCUUAUGUGUUUUUAAGGCGCUAUGCCCGUUGCAUGAAAUGCCAAAUGAUUUUAUUAACAUUAGCAAGAUAUAUAUUGGAAUGCAGUUUGUUAGAUUAUAAAUUUGUGACUUUAAAAGAUUCACAGAAAGCCGCAGCAUCCUUAUAUUUGGCAUUUAAAAUGUGUAAUAAAGUGAUAGAAGCAAAAGAAUUUUUCAAAUAUACAGAUUAUCGAGUAACAGAAAUUAAAGAAACAGUAAUCGAAUUAAACAACAUGUUGCAUACUCAAAGUUCAAAUCUGUCUGCUGUUAAACAAAAAUAUUCGCAUGAGACUUUUUUCAAAGUUGCUAAUAAGUCAUUAUUAAGCAAUUCCAAACUUAUUUUUGACUAA